AUGUGGUUAGUCAGUGAGCGUCGGGGCCGAGCCGACGGCGACGGCACGGAUCACGAUAUUCGAAGCGCGGGAGAGCCGCGCUGCUCGCUCAGCCAGCGCACCGGCCACAGCACGGUGGAGUUCAAGAGUGCGGCGUGCGCGGGGGCCGUAGAGCCGCCCGCGCCGCCUCUCGCCGCUCUGCCGGACCCACAGCAGUUCAACAUCUUCCCGGCCUUUUUCAGCCGUCAGCUGAACUUCAGCAGUGGUGGCGGUAGCGGUCAAGGCUCAAAGAUCAUGGAGGAACUCAGACCGAACUUGGUGGGCGGUUUACUUGGCGUGCCAGGACUCCUGGACGAGCAUCAGUCGGAUGCAAAAUUUUUACAAUCAGGUGCGGAAAGCAAAUAUACGCCAGACAAGGGCCGAAAGUGCAGCAAUGCAUCAUCAUCAUCAGCUGAGGAAUUUGGAGGAUUAUAUGGCGGUGAUCAUGCGGCUACUCCGCCUGCGCCUCCUCUUAGUCGCUCCUUACAAGAUCACACAGCUGAAGGAGCGUUCAAAAAAUUGAAGCCUGAACCUGGCGGGACAAGCACUUCAGGGGGCGCGUCAGCACUCUCCCCCUCUCUAGGACCACAACACGCUGGACAUACGCCUACCACAGCGUCCUGUCCCACGCCUGCAAGACGACGUCACAGAACGACAUUUACGCAGGAACAGUUAGCAGAAUUAGAGGCAGCGUUCGCAAAAUCUCACUACCCCGACAUCUAUUGCAGAGAGGAACUAGCGCGAACGACGAAGCUCAAUGAAGCAAGAAUACAGGUUUGGUUUCAAAACCGUCGAGCGAAAUACCGCAAACAAGAGAAACAGUUGCAGAAGGCACUCGCGCCGGCCGUACUGCCGGGCUGUAACGGCAUGAUGCGGAACAUACAAGGCUACAGGGGAUACCAACCCUACCCGCAUCCUAAUACCAUCAACAGAUAUCCACAGCACCACGGCAGCUAUGAGGAGCUGCAAAAGGAUAUCUUCUCGCUCUCGCAGAUGGGCGGAGGCUCAUACCCGAUGCCGCAGGGUUUCUCCAUGGGCCACGGCGCCAAUAUGAGCGCCGUCGGCAUGCGACAGGAUACUAUGGGCAUGAGCGCAGAAGACGAGUGGUACAACAAGUCGCUGUCCGCGCUGCGGAUGAACAGCGGCCACCACGCAAACCUGGCCGCCGCCCCUAUGCUCCAAUACCAGACCUAAUCGCUGCUGCACGGCGCCGACUACUCCCCGGCGCCGCACGACUACGCGUCCCCGUAGUCGCUUGGAGUACACGCGCGGUCGUUAAAGGUAAUGUAUGCAUAAAGCUUACUGCACACGUAGCGUGAUUUAAUUAAACGUGAUUAUUUUUUAAAGCUGGACGUCAAAUUCUGGGUUUAUAUACAUUUGAAUUAUUUUGAUAUUAAAUGCGUAGGAGCGCCCUUGAGUAAAUAGUUUGCAUAAAUCGUCAAAGGAUAGAUAUGCAGAAACUAACUCAUCUAGCUUAAAUCUGUGGUAGCCAUUUUAUUUUGUAGAUAUUUAUUUAAAAUCUUAUGUGUAAAUUUUAUAUUUAUAAUGAAUUCAUAAAAAAUUAUA